AUGCACUCGUGGCCGCACGGCGCCUCGGCCGACGCUCACUAUGUCGGCUGGAGGGACGCCGACGGGCUGCAUCUACACGUCUUUGCAUGGCCCCACCAUCCGUCAGAUCGAGGGCAUGGUCUCCGAACGCUCUGGCGCUGGCGCCAAGAUGACAGCUUGGUCGUGCUGCUGGCGCGAGACGUACUAGCGACGACAGCCGCGUACGACCCCAACGACGACGCGACGCGCCGCAUCGCCAGCGUCCAUGCCGAGGCGACGGACCUGCACCUCGAGAUGGUCUACGGCCGCGUGUUGGAGAAUGAAGCCAGCGAAUUCACGUAG